AUGGACAGCCUCGAGCGGAGACAGCGCUUCUUCCAUCCCUAUUCGCCCUACGACAUCCAGCUGCAGUUCAUGCAGGCCCUGUACGACUGCGUCGAGACUGGCAAAGUGGGCAUCUUCGAGUCCCCUACAGGUCCGAACUGUAUAUACGAUGCUUUCCUAAAACUGAGUGGGAAAUCUUUGAGUCUGAUAUGUGCCUCCCUGACAUGGCUUCGGGACCACAAGCGCAAGGCUUUUGUAACCUCCAUAGAACAGUCUUCUGCGGACGAUGACGAGCCCGACUGGAUGCUCGAGUUUUCCAAACAGGAAAAGACCAAAGCCGUCACUGAGAAAUGGAGAGAGCUUGAGAAACGCCUCGCCAGGGUAAGGCGCGAGAAGGAAAAGGCAGAGGCUUUACAUGAUCCCUGGAGGUCACGCAAAAAACAGAAAACGGAUGCAGAGACUGCCAAUGUCGAGGCCGACGAGAGCGCCUUUGAAUUGGACGAGUAUGAAAGCGACACAGAAACAGGAAAGAAAUCCUCUGGCCAUACAUACGGCGACGUAGAAGGGCUGUCUGCAAGCACUGUGGCCAUGCUAGAACGCUUCAGGGGUGGUCGAAAAGACAACGAGGAUGACGACGAAGCGGAUAACCAAACCAAGAUAUUUUACUGCUCGCGAACGCACUCUCAGCUGUCCCAAUUUGCCCAGGAACUGCGAAAAGUGAAUUUCCCACCUAGUCUUCCCUUGCCCCCAGGCGAAGACGAAAAAGAGAAACAACCUGACGAACUGGAAGAAAUCGUCAAACACCUCAGCCUAGGCUCUCGAAAGCAGCUGUGCAUUAACCCCAAAGUCGCCAGCUUGGGAGACUCGGUAGCUAUCAACGAGCGGUGUAUGGAACUUCAACAGCCAGGAACCGCUGCUGACAAGAAAUGCCGCUAUCUACCGUCCAAGGAGACCGAGGAUGUCGUAUCCGAGUUCCGAGACCGUGCUCUAGCUACCGUUCAGGAUAUUGAGGAUAUUGGGCAACUCGGGAAGCAGCUUGCUGUUUGUCCCUAUUACGCCACACGGCCUGUAGUGAAGCAGAGCGAAAUAAUCACUCUUCCAUAUCAACUUCUUCUUUCGCGGUCCGCUAGAGAAGCACUGGAUCUGUCCCUAAAGGACCACGUUAUCAUCAUCGACGAGGCACAUAACCUCAUGGACACCAUUUCCGGCAUUCACUCCAUCUCCGUCACUCUCCACCAACUCCGCACCGCUCUAUUCCAGCUCACCACGUACGCUCGAAAGUACCAAACUCGACUCAAGGGCAAGAACCGAGUGUAUGUCACCCAGGUCAUCAGACUGGUCAGCUCACUAGCAGACAAUCUUCAAUCCCUUUCUCAAAAACAUUCAUCUUCGGAAGUAAUUGUCCAGUAUUCCGAACUGGUGGCAGGCAAGGCAGUCGACCAAAUCAAUACGUACAAACUGUCUCGAUACUUGCAGGAAAGCAAGCUUGCACGAAAAGUAGACGGCUAUGUCGAGCACGCAGAGCAACAAAAAAAGGGUGGAAGCUCCCAGCCGCGUGAAAAGACAACCAUGCCCGUUCUGUUCCAGGUGCAAAGCUUUAUUCUCGCGCUGAUGAACCCUUCCUCUGAGGGUCGUCUUUUCUUUAGCAAUACCGAUGAAGGGGUCUUGUUGAAGUAUCUCUUGCUGGACCCUACAAACCAUUUCAGAGAGAUUGUAGACGAGGCACGCGCAGUUAUUUUGGCAGGCGGUACUAUGUCUCCAAUGUCAGACUACGCGGACUAUCUAUUUUCUUACGUACAGCCAGACAAGCUAGAGACCUUUAGCUUCGGACAUGUUAUCCCAUCCGGCAAUCUGACUGCUCGCAUACUGACCAACGGCGGCCUUGGCUCUGAUUUUAGCUUCACAUUUGAAAAGCGAAACUCAGACUCGAUGAUCGCCGACCUAGGACAGACAAUAGCCAAUCUGUGCGCAGUAAUCCCAGACGGCGUCGUCGCCUUCUUCCCCAGCUAUGAUUACUUGAACCAAGUUCUCGAGAAAUGGAAGAAAACGACACCCAGAAACGGGAGAGGACCUACAAUAUUUUCCCUGAUCGAGAAACAGAAACCGAUAUUCUACGAAUCGCAAAAAAAGGAAAACAGCACUGCAUCCGACAACAUUUUCCAACAAUAUUCCGCCAAAGUCGAGUCUGGCUCGGGCGCUCUGCUCCUGUCAGUUGUUGGCGGCCGCUUGUCCGAAGGCAUCAAUUUCUCCGAUCAGCUGGGCAGAGGAGUGUUAAUUAUUGGUCUUCCAUUCCCCAACAUCCAUUCCGCUGUAUGGAAGGCCAAGAUUGACCACAUCGAGAAGCGAGCAGUCGAAAAGGGACAAAGUACAGCUGUUGCCAAAGCCGCGGGAAGGGACUUUUACGAAAACUCGUGUAUGCGAGCGGUGAACCAAUGUAUUGGAAGAGCUAUCAGACAUGGAAAUGACUACGCUGCCAUCGUUAUGAUUGACAGGAGAUACGAAAGCGACCGAAUCCAGCGGAAGCUCCCAGCGUGGAUUCGGCAGAGCCUCGUGACGGGUGCAAAUGCAAAGGGCAUGCGUACUGUCCAGGAUGAUCUGAAAGCCUUUUUCAGGGGACAUGAUCAGAAAAAAGUCUAUUAA